GGUUCCCAGAUGUUACGACUUGUCGUAACAUUUUGGAAAAAGUGCUGAUUUUUGCAAAUUGGUGUGAAAUGUGUGCUGAUUUUGCAUGUGUGCUGAAAUUGUGCUGAUUUUUGCCAAUUUUGUGCUGAUUUUUGAUAAAUAUGUGCUGAUUUUUCUUGGGAUAACGUACUUUCAUGAAAAUAGGCGGUAUUUUUACGUUUUUUUGGUGGCAGCAUGGAGUGGAUAGAGGGAAAAAGGGAAAAAAGGAGAGAAAAUGGGAAAACAAACAAAGAGGCAAGCAUGCAAGCAAAUGAAGCUCAAAGAAAAUGGCGUCUAUUUAACCGGUCGAAACGUUACUAAGUUUUUUAUUAGUUUUUUAAAAGUUACCUGUCCAGAGUUUAUUUCUUGUUAAAUUCGUUAUAAGUUCGAUGUCCAUGUCUUGCCAUGGAUGAAGAGGAAGAGGCCUUUACUCACCUGGUUUUCUUCGCAGAGGAAGGAGAUGAAUCAAGACCCAGAGAAACUGAAGCCGAGCAAGAAGGAGGGGACGAUUCAGAACCUACGAUCAUAACUGUUCAAGCAGAUGUUCAUGAACCACCAGAAACCAGCAUAGAAGUUAAGGAAAGAAAGUAUGAUUCCAACAAAACCUCAAAAACUAAAGACAAGAUGGAGGAUCUCGGAAACGUUCAUCCAAAAAUAACCACGAAGGAGACAAAGGAUUGCGAUGACCCAGAAAUAAUGCCUGCUCCACUUCCAGAGAGCUCCAGUACAAAGAUUCCUGCUCCACGUCCAGGGAGCUCCAGUACAAAGAUUCCUUCUCCACGUCCAGGGAGCUCCAGUACAAAGAUUCCUUCUCCACGUCCAGGGAGCUCCAGUACAAAGAUUCCUUCUCCACGUCCAGGGAGCUCCAGUACAAAGAUUCCUGCUCCACGUCCAGGGAGCUCCAGUACAAAGAUUCCUUCUCCACGUCCAGGGAGCUCCAGUACAAAGAUUCCUGCUCCACUUCCAGGGAGCUCCAGUACAAAGAAACUUGGAAUCACAUCAGCAGCAAAAAAAUUCACCAAGACGACGUCGAAGCCUAAAAUACAGACCACUAUGAAGUCCUUUACUUUCUCAACAUCUUCUCCUUCCUCUUCCAAACUCUCUUGUUCUUCUCCAGUGAAUUCAGCUAACUCCCAAAAAGGAACUGAAAGUAAGAGGAAAAAUCCCUUUGAUGAUUCUCAAGAUGACAUCAUCAAAGCUAUCAAUCUUGACGAAGACACACCUGAUACACCUCCUUUGACAGUAAGAAGUCACCCAAGUAAAAUUCCAAAAUUGGAUGGAAAAAAGGUGGACAAACCUGCGUCCCAUGAGCCUCUAAAAGAUAAUUCUCCAGAAAACCAACCUGAGAUGAGCGAGACCGAUAAGGAAAGAAUAUCUUCCCCUCCUAUUUCGAACGAAGGUGUUAAUCCAGAAGAAUUUGAUACUCUGUCACCAUCAGAAGAGACACCCCUGCCGAAUGAAAGCGAAGAGGAACUUGUUGCAGAAAGUAGCAGUGAAGAAGAAAGUUCAGAGGGUGACAGCUCAGUCGAUUCUAAUGAUUCCAACUCAACAAUUCGGAAUAGAUCCAAGAGAAAGAAACGCAAAACAAAGAAACAAUCUAGAACAAAGAAACGCAAAGGUAUUCGACACAAAUAUCGAAGUGCCUGGGAGGCAGAUGACAGAUUUAAGGACUGGAUAAGGAAAAGUAGCAAAGGUCAAAGGCAUUUUUAUUGUCUACCCUGCAAUCAGCAUUACUCAUGUCAAGGAGGGACCUCUGUUGUUGACAAGCAUGAUAAAAGUGCCAAACAUUGCAGCAAUUUGGAGUCGAUCAAGAAUGUAGCUGACGUUUUUCCAACAAAGAAAAAGAUUGACACCUCUUCCAAAGAACGUAAGAUAAAAGAGGCUGAGAUCCGAAUGUGUUUGUUUAUGGGCGAGCAUAAUAUUUCAUUUAAUUCUGCUGACCAUUUGGUUUCACUGAUAAAGGCAGUAGCUCCAGUCGCUAAUGAAAUGACCUGUAACAGAACGAAGUGCACCCAAAUAUUGAAAAAUGUCAUUGCCACAGACACUGUCGAAUCUCUGAUCGAACAACUCAAAGCAGAUGACUUUGCACUCAUCCUUGACGAGAGUACUGAUCGCACCGACAAGAAGAACCUCGGGCUUGUUACUCGAUAUGUUACGAAAGACUUGCGGGUGAUUGACCAGUUCCUUGCUCUCCUCCCUUGUCCAGAUGCUACAGCUGCAGGUCUCCACAAAACCAUAACUGAUUAUUUCAAAGAAAAUGAUAUUCCUUACCGCAAAAACAUGGUUGGUCUGGGGUCCGAUGGGCCAAAUGUGAUGACAGGAGUUCACAAAGGUCUACAUAAGUUGUUCAAAGAUGAAAUUCCUCAUUUAUUUUCACUCAAAUGUACUUGUCAUUCCUUAGCAAUUGUCGCUAGCAAUGCCUGUGAAGAGCUGCCCAAGGAAGUAGAGGCUCUUUUAAGGGAAGCAUAUGGCUACCUGCAGCACAGCUGUAAGCGGCUAAUUAAAGUCAAAGAAUUCCAAGACUUUGUGGGGGUGAAACCGCACAAGAUUUUAAAAUUUUUUGAUGUCAGAUGGCUGUCCCUUGAAAGGUGUGUAGAUCGAUUCCUCGAGCAGUGGUCUGCUUUAAGGUUGUUUUUUCAGUCUGAAGUUCUUGAAGAGAAGUCAGAAGCAGCCAAACCUAUUCUGCAAAAAUUUAACGCCGUCAACAAACUUUAUCUCAUGUUUCUCAAAUCUACUUUGCCUCUGUUAACUGACUUAAACUUAGAAUUUCAAUCCGAAAGGCCAAAAGUUCACAAAAUUUACUCCUCUGUUACCACUUUAUACGAAUUAAUUUUAUCUUUUUACAUGAAGCCAGAACAUCUGGCAAAAAAUGACGUUGAAACUUAUAAAUACAAAGACCCUCAAUACUUUAAACCACUGAAAGACAUUUUUGUAGGCGGAGAAGCCAAUGCCGCCUUAAGCAAUCAGUACAAAAAUCUUCCCUCAGACCUCCUACAGGGAUUUAGAACAAAAUGUCUAAAUUUUUAUGUCAAGCUCUGCUCUGAGAUCCAAAGGGUUUUCCCGUUUAACUCCAAUGAAAUGAAGGUCUCCAAGUCCUUUAGCUUCUUGAAACCACAAAACAUCCAAGGCAUAAACUCAAUUUCCUCUGCAGCCUCAUUUACUUUUACGAACCACCUGAACAUCGAUUUCACCAAAAUAGACUUAGAAUUUUUGAAGCUAAAGCGACUUGAAGUCUUCAAUGAGGAGAAAUUUCAUGAGAUGCCAUUGUUGGCAUUCUGGCAAAAAGUUGCUCUGCUAAAAAAAGGCGAUAACUCUGAAGCAUUCCCCUUAAUUAAUAAACUUGUACGCUACAUUCUCACCUUGCCUCACUCUAGCGCAGCAGUGGAGCGUAUAUUCAGUGCAGUUAAUCUAAAUGUUACCAAAUUAAGAAAUCAGCUCGAUACCGACACAACAGAUGCCAUAAUUCAAGCCAAAGCCUAUAUCAAAAUAAACCAGGCAGCUUGUUAUAAUGUACCUGUUCCAAUUUCGAUGAUAGACAGACACAACAAAAAUAUGUAUGACCCAAAAGUUCCAUGAGUACAGAUUUCAAACUCAAGACUCAUAAUAAUCAAAUGUAAAUUUGAUCUCUGUCUGUUUAUUUUGUUCAUUGUUUGUGUUUAAAAUAAGUUACCAGUUUACUUGUGCAAAUUUCCUAGCUGCAACAUUCCUUCAGUAUUAAGUCUAUUAUUCUAAGGCCUUGUCUUCACGGGAUGUUUCCUUGGAUCUGAUCCAAGUUCGCAUCCCAGAAAUGAAACUUCUGUGCUUUUUCCUCGUUAUACUAAUCAUCAAAAUUUCUUCUUCUCCCUGAGUCGCUCUCAAGAGUCCAUAAGAACUGUACUUGGUACUGUAAUUAGUAUUGACAGACUCAAUGUUUUUCCCCACCUUCGCAAGUGAAAUUUUCCCUCAGAAAAAUCCCAUCAAGCAUCCCUUGGAGACAAAGCCGAAGUGCAAGUUCCUUGAAGAAUGACACUUGAAUAUUCAAGUAUACUUAAUCUCUUUUGCUCUCAAGGUUCCUUGAUUACUGAUCCUCAUGACUAGUCUUUAUUUAAUUUUUGGGUGUCAAACAAAUUAGUGACUCAUUUUUAUGUAUUAAAUAAUCCAAUGAAUCAUUUUUGCAUGGUUGCAACCAGACUUAAGGUGGUGAGAACAAUUAAAGGCAAAGAGCAUUGCAACGCCCCUUCGCAAUCUCAUAUCGUAUUUUGGUCCUCACGGCCUCCCUCUAGACGACACACCAGAUUUAAUCAAUGUAAAGAAGUAUUUUCUUAGGUCUGGUUUUUUGUCUUUAUUGUGCUCAGGAUAAUUUAUGAAUUUAUUUAUCCUAAGUCCAUACGUAAGACUAACUCGUACAAAGUUUUGACAAAGUUUGUACAAAGACUGUGAUGUUAAUGCCUUCCAUUCUCAAGUCAUGUAAAUAGCUGUUUGCUUAGGUCUAGGUUUUUUUUCCUUCAUUGUGUUCAAAAUAAUUUACAAAUUUAUUUAUCCUAAGUCAUACGUAACACUACAUCCUAGUACCAAGUUUUGGGUUCCAAGCACAAGUGCCCUAAAGGAUGUUACUCAAGUCACUGAUUGUAAGUCCUUUUGUGCUCAAAGUUCAUUGAAAAAUUAUUCCGAAGCUUUUCUGCGUCUCUUUUAAUAGCAAUGAAACUUUUAAGUCGUUGACAAUUACAAAGCAAUCUCUUUCACUGUGAUGUUAAUGCCUUUCAUUCUCAAGUUAUGUAAAUAGCUGUUUGCUUAGGUCUAGGUUUUUUUUCCUUUAUUGUGUUCAAAAUAAUUUACAAAUUUAUUUAUCCUAAGUCAUACGUAACACUACAUCCUAGUACCGAGUUUUGGGUUCCAAGCACAAGUGCCCUAAAGGAUGUUACUCAAGUCACUGAUUGUAAGUCCUUUUGUGCUCAAAGUUCAUUGAAAAAUUAUUCCGAAGCUUUUCUGCGUCUCUUUUGAUAGCAUUGAAACUUUUAAGUCGUUGACAAUUACAAAGCAAUCUCUUUCACUGUGAUGUUAAUGCCUUUCAUUCUCAAGUUAUGUAAAUAGCUGUUUGCUUAGGUCUAGGUUUUUUUUCCUUUAUUGUGUUCAAAAUAAUUUACAAAUUUAUUUAUCCUAAGUCAUACGUAACACUACAUCCUAGUACCGAGUUUUGGGUUCCAAGCACAAGUGCCCUAAAGGAUGUUACUCAAGUCACUGAUUGUAAGUCCUUUUGUGCUCAAAGUUCAUUGAAAAAUUAUUCCGAAGCUUUUCUGCGUCUCUUUUGAUAGCAUUGAAACUUUUAAGUCGUUGACAAUUACAAAGCAAUCUCUUUCACUGUGAUGUUAAUGCC